CACACACAGAGCCUGCAGGCACAUCUAGGCACAUCUCAUCUUUUGGCGGCAUCGGGGCGAUCAAACGGCUGGCCUGACUGCCGGUGUCCCAUCCUCACGCCAUUGCUUUUCGUUCGCCUUGGGCCUUGCUUGACUGCCUUCUGUGCGUGGACGCGCGAGAAGCAACGCGCGUGCCGUGGGCGGUGGUCACGACCGCCCGCCAAGCUUGUAUAAGUAGACCUGCGGCAGAGGCGUGGUCUGCUUCUUGGCUGCCUCGAGCUUCAAGAUACAACCGUUCCCACCCUGCGCGAUUUGACUUUUUGAUUGUGGCGCAUCCACACCGGCACCAUGGCAGCACCCAUUCCCCCUUCGAAUAACACCUACACCUUUGCCUCGGCCCCCCGUGCCGUCGCUCCUCAACGCCAAAAGUAUCGGGACCCCACGGAAACCCAGCGCACGGCUCCGGCCAACAUGAUGUACGACCGUCGCAUCGUGCGCGGUAGCACGCUGCGCCAGCCCGUGAAUGCGGCAAGUACCCAGAUUCAAGAUGGCGAGCUGUUUGACUUUGACGUCGAGGUGAAGCCCAUUUUGGAGGUGCUCAUCGGCAAAACGCUCGAGCAGUCCAUGAUGGAGGUGAUGGAGGAAGAGGAACUCGAUCGGUUACGUGAUCACCAGCGCGAGUUUGACGCCCUGCGCGCUGCGGAGCUAGCCGAGGUUCAGCGCAUGGAAGAGCAGGCCCGUCGUCGCGAGGAGGAGAAGAAGCAGCGCGUGACAGAGCAACGUCAGGCCAUUGAACAGCAAAAGGUUACGGCCGAAAAGAUUGCUGCCCGUGCCUUUGCCCACAGCUACCUGGCCGACCUCGUGCCUUCCGUCUUCUCAUCACUCUCCCAGGGUGGCUUCUUCUAUGAUCGCCAAGAACGAGAGGUGGAAAGCCAGUUUAUGCCGUGGCUCAUGGGUGAGGUCGAAACGCAGCUUUCGGAGUCCUUCACAGCGCGUAGCAUGCUUGACGACAUCCUGCGCCACGUGCUGGAGCGAUCACGCAACCAACAGGCUGCUGCCCAAGAAGCCGAGGCAACAACCGAGCCAACGCUGGCCCUUGCAGAUGGUGACGUUGGCGAGUCGACCACCGACAACGCCGAAGGCGAGGCAACAGCAGAUCCAGUCGACGGGGAGGCACCAGAGGGUGCCGACAAUGCCGAGGGAGACUCUGCCCACAAUCCCGACGACAGCACACAAGACGCAGCGAGCACAACAGCUGCAGACACGGCCGAGGCCACAGAGGAGGGGGACGGUGAGACUCCGGCAGACACCGCAGAUGCUGAAACGACGGAAGACACGGCCCCAGAUGCGGCCAGCGCAGAAGAUGCCACGACGGACGACGUCGAGCCGCGCGAAAUCUCCUUGGCUGAUGAAACCAAGGCAUAAGCUUGACUGUUCAUUUUGCAUCAGUCCUGUCCCUCUACUCUGGCCGUCUUUGGCGGCGACGCCCUUCUCUCGUGGCGAUACGCCCCUGGCGCCCAUGAUAUAGGGUCUCUCUUGCUGUUCCUGUUGCUUUGUCUACUUUCGGUGCCUUUCCGGCAACCCUUUUUCUAUUCCGCCCUUUCUUUGACCAGUCAAUGCUGGAACAGCAGCCGUUUGUUCUUCUUCGUUCCGCUGCCGUCCCCGUGCCAUUUGCAUAAUUGACGAGUUCCAACACC